AUGUCUGAUACUGCUCUCCGAAAAAAGAAAAAUGCGAACGCCCAAGCCACCUUCCGCCAGAGGCGAGCAAACUACAUAGCGACUCUUGAAGAGACAGUCACCAGUCUGGAGUCUGUCCUCCUCCAGCUUCAGGAUUCAUGUCGUGAAGCACGAUCCGAAGCUGGGGAUCUACAACAAGACAAUGCGCGCCUUAGACAUGAAUUGCGCGAACGUGAGAGGUUCUGGAGAGCCCUUUGGCCGGCGAAGAAGACAGAAGAGGCUCCUGAAUCUGACGACUUGCCCCUGCUCCCUUCACGUUUUGCUUCUCCGAGUCAUCCUCAACGAACCAACAUCAACAAUCGUACCUCCUCGUCGCAUGGUCAUUAUAGUGAUGAUAUCAAGGGAUAUCAGACCAGCGAUGAGACGUCUAAUUCCCUUGGCAGCAGCUCGUAUAUCAGCGCGCCGACUCACUCAUACGUGACUCAGUCUCCUGCACUUUCUUACACCAACGUGGAGACCGAGCAGAUAACCUCCGGUGGAGCUGGGCACCAUACGAACGCCCGAGUAUCAAGAUAUGGUUCUUACUCGUAUCUGAUGCAACCUAUCAAUGGGGACGGACCAUGUAUUCACAACGCAGCGCAGACACUGUCUGCUAAUGGCUCUCCUACCAUGACAUCCUCUGAUGUAUAUGCAAACUGCCAUUUUGAAGAGCAGAAGACGCAACUCAAUCACUUAGAAACGACCUCAUAUCUCUUUCCUAGUAGUGGUUCCAUCUCCCCCACGUCAUCCACUCCUGCAUCCUCGUCUAGCAUGUCCUUGACGUCUCCAUUCCAACUGAUGCUCCCUGCUGAUGGCACGAUCACGCAAGGUCGCGCAGAAUUUGAUUAUCGCAGGUACUCCAAUACCCACGGUGCUUAUUUAACCUUACAUGGAGGCACUGCCGAUAUUUCGCUUCCAAGCAUGGGCAGCGAUGGCGUGUGUUACAGACUUGGGCCCUGUCGUGCGAGUUCUGGGCCGAGUCCACUACUACCCUCCCUUCCUCAGCUCUCUGGAAGCAAGAACAGCUUGCAUCAUGAAUGGGGCGGUAGCGAAGGUGGAGCCGCCUCCUAUUCGAAACUCCAACCUCGUAGGAGACGUUCUCGGGAGUUGAGGUCACCUUCCCCUGGUGCACCUCCAAUCCCAGGUACGCUGGCGGUUAUCAAAGCUCAAUAUUUUGGAACGCUCCGUCGAAUUCGUACCAGAACCUAAAAACUUCUGAAGGGGCGACCAAGGUUGAUAUGGAAGUUCUCGAGGCCAGGGGCAUCAGAAUGGGCGUAGUGACUGGCUCGAAGCAUACUCACCUUCACCACGAUGAUUCUGACAUCCAAACAUGAUGCAAAUGUACUUUGCAACGAUCACCAGUUCACUCAUUUGAUCCCUAGGGAUUGUAUCAUUCUUCUCGUCACCAGCGGACUAGGAUUAUAACCACCAUUAUUUGUACAGCAAGAUCCCAGUUACUUACUGUAUUGCACUUACUCCACAAAGGUGUGCUGCAUAGUGUCACA